GAGCAUCACCAAUUGAACAUUCCCAUUUUCUCCUCUAUAUAUAUAGGCACUUCCUGAAAGGAACUAUUUCAUGUGUGUAUUGAAGCUAGCUCUUAUAGUCACUCUAGUUUAACUUGGAGGUACUAUAUUAUUCUUGAAGAUGGAUGUUGCUGGGAAGUCUAGCGGUGCCAAAUAUGAGUACUUGCUUUUUGAUUUAGAUGAUACUCUGUACCCCAUGAGCUCUGGUCUCAACUCAGCCUGCCGGAAGAAUAUUGAAGAGUACAUGCUGCAACACUUGGAUAUUGAAGAAAGCGAGGUGCCAAGGAUCUGCCUGGAAUUGUACAGAGAACAUGGGACUACCAUGGCCGGUCUAAAGGCUCUUGGUCAUGAAUUUGAUGAUGAUGAGUUUCAUGCAUAUGUCCAUGGAAGACUGCCUUAUGAUGCAUUGAAGCCUGACCUAGUGCUGAGAAACCUUCUCUUAUCUAUGCCACAGAGAAAAAUAAUCUUCACUAACGCUGACAAAGCACAUGCAGCUGAAGUUCGCAGCAGGUUGUGCUUGGAAGAUUGUUUUGAAGGCAUUAUAUGCUUCGAAACACUUAACCCUCCUCAUCCUCAACCGGUUGAUUUCAUUACAGCACCAGAUGAUUGCACUGGAAAUAAUCUGAAUUCCAAGUCACCUAUUCUAUGCAAACCCUCUGUUGAAGCAAUUGAAGUUGCCAUACGUAUUGCAAAUGUUGACCCACAAAAAACUCUUUUCUUUGAUGACAGUGCUCGAAAUAUAGCAAGUGGGAAGGCAGCAGGACUUCAUACAGUUAUUGUUGGGAGUUCAGAGCUAGUGCCUGGUGCAGAUUAUGUGCUGCGUAGCAUACAUAACAUCAGAGAAGCAAUACCUGAGAUAUGGGAAGGGGAAGAAGGGCAACAACUAGAGCAAUUCAUCCAGUCUACUGCAGUUGAAACAGUGGUCCUUGCAUAGGCAUUCCCUGAUGUAACUGUUUCAGUCACCAUUGUCGCGCAAA